AUGCAAGUAGCUGAGAUCCUCUCCGAUCUGACAUCCCUACGCGUCUGUGACCACCAUGACGCCCUCGCGCUCGUUACUGUUAACGAGAGAAUACCCCAUACUACAGCGCAACUAGGACUCAAAGCAACGAGCACAAGCCAAGCAAGCCCUGGAGCAGAUUUGGGUCGCUACGAAAACGAGGACCUCAUUCGCGCAAAGGAGCUCGUCGACUUGCACUACGAGUUCAAGGCCCGUCAUGCAUUAGGCACGGUUGAUGAGGAGCUUGCGCGUGCAAGGGAAGAAGUAGCCCGAGUGUUAAGGGAACUAAGCUAG